AUGAACAAUUUACGACCCGUUGAGCGGGCUCUCGCUACGCUGUUGCCCACUCACGAAAAUGAAAUGCCCCCUGAGCUGCUCGGCCUUGCGCAGUCUCUAUUUGCGCAGUCUCGCAGCUUCUCGUCGAGCUUGAAGCCGGAGGAGGAGAUUGCAAGACCUCAUGCUUGCGCCGAGAUAGCUUGUCGAAGAUUAGCACGGACGUUGAAACUCCCACCUCUGCUCGGCCAUCCUCCAUGUCCCCCGCGAGUAUACAAGAAGCUAUACACAUUCCUCGAAAAAUCAGUGGGAAGUACAACAUCGAAGAAUAAACCCGCCCCUCCGACACCUAACAAACCUUCUUCAACGCCCAAAAAAGCUGGUGGAAAUGGUGCUACGGCUUCCCGGACACCGUCGAAGCAGCUUAAUACGCCGUCCAAAAGCACGCCUCUAGGAAAGAGAACCCUCGACAAUGACACAAACAAAACACCGUCACGAAUGGCCUCGGUAAAACGUGCACGAUUUACUAAAGAACCACUGCAGUUACUAGAGAAUAUCAGAGAUGCGCCACAAUUCGUCAUGCCUUCUAUUAGGACGGUGUGCAAAAUCUUGUCAACGCCUGCGCCUCGAAUGAGUCUAUGGUCAAGACCGCCUAUUUCACGGACAUUGCCUCCACAUAUGUUUGCAGGUGUCUCUUCCAUUCUUCAUUUCAUCUCGAAGAUGACCGAUAAGGAAUUCGACGAACUGGAUGAAGAUGCUUCAGAGUUCGCCAACAUUAUACGCAAUCCCGAGGAAGGGGAGAGCGACGACUACAAAGAAGUAGUGCUGGCCCUAAUAGUAGCCGUCUACUUUCUAGUUCUCGCUCGCCGACGCAGUCUCCCUACCAACACACCAGCAAACAGCAAAGCACUUACAGCUACAGCCUCCGAAAAUCCACAUCCACCAAUGUCCCCCGCCACCGAAUCGCGCAAAAUGGACAAAAAGACUUUUUCUGAAAUGCGGCAAACAGCUUUAUCGAGUCUGGGGUUGCCGGCGGCCGAGAAAAGACAUGGCGAAGACGUGGAUGCAUGGAUUGAGGUGAUUCAGACUCUGAAAUGGGCAAAGGGGCAGGAAUGGUUUGAUAACAUCCCGUUGGCUGGGGAGAGGGAGGAUGAGCUUGGAAAUGGGCUUAAUGAUGAUGACGAUGAGGUUGACGGAGAUGGGCAUGAUGGUAGUAAAGCUCAAGGCGGAAAGCGCCGAAAGACAAAUAUAUUUUUGCAUGCUGGAAAGGAUGAAGAGGGGUUGUUGUUACCGGGUCUUGGGACAAUGAUGCAGGAUCGAGUUGAUUAUUUGAGUGAGGAUCGAAAGGAGGAUUUUCUAGACUGGAAGGCGGAUAUAUUGGAGAGGAUUGGCAAGAUGAUGAAGACAGGGAAGAGAAUAGUUGUCUAA